AUGUUAUUUUGUUUUAAUCGACCAAUUAUUAAAUUUGCGACACGUAUUGAUGACGUCCUUCGAUGCAUUAGUUUAAUCAUGUUGUCUUGUAACUUUGCAUAUUAUUCAUGGAUCUUACUUCUAUGUAGCAAUUAUAUACUUAAUUCUUUUGCCGAGGACGCAACGAUUUUGUCUGAAGAAGACUCCACGCUCUUACCUUCUGUAACAAAUGAAGAUGAUAGAUUCAAGGGAUCCCCAGCUGUUGGUGUCUUGGUAGCCCUCAGUAAACCUCCAUAUGGUCUUUACUCUGGACGUCGUGAAAUAAACUUGCCCGUCGGAAAAAUCUCAUCCCUUGUGGCUUCCUUGGCUAAUACCAACCCGACAAACGGUGAACAAUUUAAACUAGAUUUUAUAGAAGGAGCACUUCACUAUCCUAUGUACUAUGACUAUCACAUUCAGAACUUUACCAAGCAACGCCUCCAUGAGACAUUAGAGCCCGGUCAAGAGACUUCCCUUUAUUACAGAUUCAAACCCGCUCCUGAAUUAGCUGGUCGAUCUUUUGACCUGUCUAUUGUUGUCUACUAUCAUGACAAUAAUGACAUUUAUUAUGCUCAUAAGUUAUUUAAUCAAACUGUUAACUUGUUUGAAAUCGAAGAAGGUGUAGACACUGAAUUGAUUUUCUUGGUUAUCUUAGUAAUUGCCUUGAGUAUAGCAAUUCUAAUUGGUAUCUGGCACUGGUUCACCUCAAUCGCUCAAAAACGACAGCCAGCCAAAAAGUCUUCAAAAGUGGUCGAAAAUGAUGGUGAAAAUGCAGUCGAGAACGAAUACCUGGCACUGAUAAAAAACAAGCCUCAAAUUAAAAAAGAUCGCUCUGACCAAAUAAUUCGUCGGCACCAGGGUAGACGCUAAGUAACCGAAGAUAGUACACACUUCAGCUCAACUACUUUCGACUUUCUCACUCGUGUACACAUGUCAUCUGUAAAAAUCUGCAUACAGUAUUUUUAAACUGCGUUUAAAAUAACCACUUUUUAUCUUUCUGUACUGUUUGAUCAGUCUUAAGUUGUUCCUGCUAAUAAAACCCUAUCUGGUCAAGCAUGUACUGUUCUAGCAAUUCGUAAGCGAUCUUGGGAAUAAGUUCAACUUGUUAUGUUUUUCGAGUAAUAAACUCAUAUUAACCAAUUGCACUCAAGUGGUAUGAUUUAGUGGUAGUUACAUAUUUUUGGUUAGUCUGUGUAAGUUCAACCCAAUGUUAACGUCACAUAUUUUUCAGUUACUUAUACGAAUGUUUCUCGACCUAGUGACACUUCAGGUCCUGGAUGUCUUGCAAAGUAAUCGGUUUCGAUCCGCGACAUCCUCUACAUACAUAUUAAGCACUUUAAGACAAUGCACAAAUUAGUUUAUGUAACCAGUAACUUGGAUUGAAUGAUUUACUGAUAUGUUGGACAAUAGUUAAAGAAAAAGCAGCAUUAUGUGUUCAAUACUAAAUAAGAAAAUAGUGUUACUGGUCUUUCUCAGUGUUUUUGUUUGAUACACGCAGGGUCCGAGUAAAAAACUUCGGUAUUCCUGGCCGAAAUUUUGAUGCGAAAGAUCGAAGAAUAGUUAAAGGAUACCAGAGGAUCCAAACAAUGACCUGUAAAAAGAAAAGUUGUUCCACCUUUCACAAUUAUCCGAAGGUUUUUAAACUCGGCAAAAAGCAUUUAUAAGAUAAAUUUAGCUGAAUCUUCUUAAUAUAGAAAUGGUAAGGCAAGUUACGUCGCUUGCGACUGUUGCAUCUUAAGAUUUUAGUCUCAGUGGCAUCCUUGAACAGUAAAAGAACAAUGAUGUCAGUCUCCGAAAACGUCGAUUAGUUACUGUAGUUUUAAUCAGAAUCAAUAUGGCCUCAAAAGAGUGUACUACAUACUACUUAGUUGCUUAUAUUCUCUCAACAACAAACUAUGAUAAGCCUCCAUUUUGAACUCCCACAAAUCAUAAGCUUAUUUUAAAAGGGUUAGGGGAACUUUGUGAUGGUGAAUAUAUGUAGCUCAGGAGGACUUUGCAGUUGUGUUUCAAGCUGGGUAAUUUCGUCGGAGUUUCUAGUGUAUUUUAAGACAGCAUCGUUAAGAAGUACUUUAAGAAAAGUGUGCUGCUGGAAUCUCUUCACAACCGACCACUGAGAAUGUGCCAUGAAUAGGAAUGUCCAAACUAAUACCCAGAGAUCAUUAUUGGAUCUUACAAAGGAUUUGUCACUUUUAAAGUUGCGACUCGAUGAAGAUCAUAAUUAUGUGCGGUGAACAAGUGUGCACAACUAAACAUUACUGUUCAACAAGUCAUCAGUGGGCGUGUAUUAUUAAUUAGCAUAGGUGUUAUAUAAAUGCAAUGGUUUAGUAUUGAAAGCACCUUUAACUAACAGAUUUUGCAUGUUUCGUUGGUUGGGUAGUAUUGCUAGACCUCAUACAAGCGCCUUUCAAAGUCACAUACUUAAAGCUGCAAUUGUGACAUUAUUUAUUUUUUCAACACAAAUAUUGGUACAAAGGCGCACCGAAUACAUAUGUACUACACAAGUCACUUGAUUUGUGUGUGUACCACGAUACUGCACGGGUGCCCAGACCGAAGCAGGUGGUUUUCUUACGAGACCACACCCGGAGACCUCGUUCUAGAAAUCUGAUCCACAAGGCAAUGGAGCAACGCCAAUAGAUGGAGUCCUAGCCGGUGGUCAACAAUUGGUUCAUACAGCAUUUGUCCCCUAAGGAUACUGGAGCCCGUGUACACCACCGGUUCGCGAUCAAGGUUUUCCAACUUCGCUAGGUGAACUUUCCGUGUCCACCAACCCAGGUUAAGCACUGGCCAUUCGCUUUUCGGUGCCGCGAGAAUGUAGUGAGUACGACUUUACUGGUAGUGGCUGUAUACGCUUGACCAUAUGUGAUCAUUUAGACAGGGAUAGCAGACUAUCCCAACCCUCAGCCGUAACAGGGCAUUUGCGGGCUAAUUCAGCAAUACUGACACCAGGUACUGUAUAAUUUCUUUAUUGGCGGAAAAAACGCUCACUGCUCAUAAUGGUUGUGUACUCACGCCGUGUAUGUAUUAAUCGCAUAUUCACUAAUCGGUAAUAAUUCACUAUCUUUAUUCAAAAAUCAUGCUCACCAUAUAAGUAGAACACAAGACUCAAAUGUGCGUCUACAUAGAUUGAUUUUUAUCACAUAAGUAUUUACGAUAUGGUUUUACUUUGAGAUACAAGGCAAUUCAGUUAUCAUGUAUGGUGAGUAGAUUUCGUUACGACCAAUGCAUGUUGUGAUACUUUAGUUGAGUCUUGUGAACGUACUUAUCAGGAUGAUCUGGUUUUUGUUAACAAUUAAGUGAGCUUAUGGUGUGUCUGACUGGUUAGUAAAUAACCACUUAACUAAUCAUCAAGUGCAAACAGAAGCUUUUAGGCAUGCUUUCUAAAAGUUAAGGAUUGAGAAAACAUGCCUAAAAGCUUCUGUUUGCACUUGAUGAUUAGUUAAGUGGUUAUUUACUAACCAGUCAGACACACCAUAAGCUCACUUAAUUGUUAACAAAAAACCAGAUCAUCCUGAUAAGUACGUUCACAAGACUCAACUAAAGUAUCACAACAUGCAUUGGUCGUAACGAAAUCUACUCACCAUACAUGAUAACUGAAUUGCCUUGUAUCUCAAAGUAAAACCAUAUCGUAAAUACUUAUGUGAUAAAAAUCAAUCUAUGUAGACGCACAUUUGAGUCUUGUGUUCUACUUAUAUGGUGAGCAUGAUUUUUGAAUAAAGAUAGUGAAUUAUUACCG